GGAUCGGGUUUGAUCUUCUUUUUUUUCCUUUUUUUUGUUUUUGGGUUUCGUCGACCACGGCCUGCUGUAGUCAUAACUGCUGCAAUGUCGGCGUGCACGUGUUUCUUCGCCCCAGCAGCUGGUCUCGGAAAGUCGGACGUCGAGAUUCGAGAUGCUAAGCAUUCCUUAGGUCGAGGGAUCGAAGAUGGGAAGAGGAUAGAUGCAGUACCAGGGGCCGGUCAACGAAGGGUAGUGGAUCCGCGAAAUAAAAGGUGGGAGGUCAUGGCGACAGGGGAGGACAAAGGUGGUGGAAGCGGUGGCUCGCUUCAAGGAAAUGUCGUGCAACAGACAGUGGACGAAGGGCUGAGGCGGCGAAAUGUCGGUGCUGUCCCUGAGGCAUUGCAGCAAAUGAUGAUGCAGAAUGCUACAUUGAAGGCACCGUUGAAGAUGCUGCCGUCUGAACCAUUCGAUGACGGUAGACCGUAUCCAUCAUGGUCGCGAACGGUGGAAGAAGUCCUCGACCACCACGGAAUAACGGAUCUUCGGGAUGGCCUUUCUGAAGAGGCGGUAGAGCAGAGGAGACACGUGUACGGUCUCAACGAGCUCGAGAAAGAGCCUGGAACCCCGUUCUGGAAACUAGUGCUUGCUCAGUUUGACGAUGCACUAGUGAAAGUCCUUAUCGCAGCGGCAUUCGUUUCAUUUGUCCUGGCUUACCUGGAGGGACGUGAAACCGGAGAGAUGGGAAUCAGCGCUUUCACUGAGCCGCUUGUCAUUCUACUGAUUGUGGCGCUCAAUGCAGUCAUCGGUGUGUGGCAGGAGAGCAGGGCAGAGAGCACUCUGCAGGCAUUGAAAGACAUGCAACCAGAGACUGCGAGGGUUUUCAGGGAAGGCAAAGAGAUUCCUGAUCUUCCUGCGAGAGAGCUUGUUCCGGGGGAUGUCGUCGAACUUCGUGUUGGCGACAAGGUCCCAGCGGACAUGAGAAUCGUUAAGCUGCAGUCGAUGUCUGUCCGGUUGGAGCAAGCCAGUUUGACAGGUGAGAGCGAGCCUGUGCUGAAAGGUGUCGAGAAGGUGGAGGUUCCACUUAGCCGCGAGUUGACGGACGAAGAGCCCGACAUUGCUAUCCAGUCGAAAGAUUGCAUGGCAUUUGCCGGUACAACUGUUUCCAAUGGGAACUGUUUUUGUGUUGUCAAUGACACGGGAAUGCGGACGGAGAUUGGAAAGAUCCAGAGCCAGUUGAAGCAGGCAUCGGAAGUGGAUUACGACACCCCGCUUUCGAGGAAACUCGACGAGUUUGCAAGCCAGUUGACGACGGUCGUUGGCGCCGUUUGUGUACUUGUCUGGCUGAUGAACUACAAGUACUUUGUGUCUUGGGAGAUUGCCGAUAACGGGAUGCCGAAUAAUUUUCAGGUUAACAUUGGACAGGCAACCUACUAUUUCAAGGUUGCUGUAGCUCUGGCAGUCGCUGCAAUUCCGGAAGGCCUUCCAGCUGUUAUCACGACGUGCCUGGCACUGGGUACACGUCGAAUGGCUCAGGAGAAUGCAAUUGUUCGCAAGAUACAGUCGGUUGAGACGCUAGGAUGUACGACUGUGAUUUGCUCCGACAAGACGGGAACUCUGACAACGAACCAGAUGUCAGUUAUCCAGUUUGUGGGAGUCGGAGUCGAUGAGGGGGAGCUGAGGGAUUACGAAGUCAUGGGCACUUCGUACAAUCCGCGCGAUGGGGGAGUGUCUAGCCUUCCAAGUAAACUCAAUGAGAAUCUGGAAACAAUAGCACAGGUCUGUGCACUCUGCAACGAUGCAGGGUUGAUGUUCAAGAAGGGCAAGUAUGUGGCAUCUGGGAUGCCUACGGAGGCAGCACUGAAGGUUCUUGUGGAGAAAAUUGGUUUAUCGGACCCGCUCGCGCAGAGCGUUGUUAACGAAGCUCGCAUUGCAGACCCCGAGAAAAAUGCCCUCGGGUGUUGUGAAGUGUGGGCGAAGUCGGCGGAAAGGCUUGCCACUCUCGAGUUUGACAGGUACCGCAAGUCGAUGAGCGUUUUGCUCCGAAGGAGAGAUUCAUCAUCCAGUGGCGUGCAUGCGAAUCACCUGUUUGUGAAGGGUGCAGCGGAGUGUGUGCUUGAUAGGUGCGACUUUGUGCAGCUGGAAGAUGGGAGGGUUGUACGUAUGACAGCGAGCUUCAGGAAAUCCAUUGUAUCACGGGUGGAUGCCAUGACUCGGCAAGCUCUUCGGUGUUUAGCAUUCGCUGUGAAGACAGACCUGGGAGCUCUUCGUACAUAUGACGGGGAGAGCCAUCCUGCGCACGCAUUGCUGCUGAAGCCAGAAAACUAUUCGAUCAUAGAAAGUGGCCUUACGUUUGUUGGACUUGCUGGUCUGCAGGAUCCUCCAAGGAAAGAAGUCAGAGCGUCGAUGCUGGAUUGUCAGAAGGCCGGCAUUCGUGUGAUUGUCAUCACUGGAGACAACAAGAACACAGCGGAGGCAAUUUGUCGGCAGAUUGGUUUGUUUGAUGCAGACGAGGAUCUGAGCAACCGAUCGUUUACAGGCACAGAGUUUAUGCAGCUGCCAUCUUCAGAGCGCAUGAGAAUUCUUGUCGACAAGAAUGCAGCCUCUGGUCAAUCGCGCGGGUUUGUAUUCUCAAGAGCAGAACCCAGGCAUAAACAAGAGAUUGUGCGGAUGCUCAAGGCAGGAGGAGAUGUGGUUGCGAUGACAGGUGAUGGUGUGAACGAUGCGCCGGCUUUGAAGCUUGCAGACAUCGGCAUUGCCAUGGGGAUCGCUGGGACGGAGGUUGCAAAGGAAGCGAGCGACAUGGUUCUCGUCGACGACAAUUUCACGACGAUCGUUGCCGCCGUGCGGGAGGGACGAUCGAUUUACAACAACAUGAAGGCAUUCAUUCGGUACUUGAUUUCUUCGAACAUUGGAGAAGUCGUGUCCAUCUUUCUGACGGCGCUGUUGGGAUUCCCGCAAGGGCUCAUUCCGGUACAACUGUUAUGGGUGAAUCUCGUCACCGACGGAGCUCCGGCAACAGCUCUCGGGUUCAACCCGCCGGAUAAAAAUAUAAUGGAGCAGCCGCCGCGGCGGCCAAAUGAACCGUUGCUUGGCCGGUGGGUGCUCUUCCGGUACCUUGUCAUCGGAACCUACGUGGGCUUGGCAACAGUGGGAGUCUUCGCCUUGUGGUAUGUUGCCCCAGGGCCCAUCCUGGGACUGGAUCUCACCGCGGACGGGCAUACUCCGGUCACGGCCCACCAACUCGCGCAUUGGGGCGCAUGCAGCAAAGAGUUGGGAAGCGGAGUUUGGGAGAAUUUCGCUGUCACGCCGUUCACAGCUGGAAACAGAGUAUUCGACUUCCAGGGAAACCCGUGCGCUUACUUUGAGGAGGGAAAGGUGAAAGCAUCAACCCUCGCCAUGUCGACACUGGUGGUCAUCGAGAUGUUUAAUGCACUGAACGCCCUGAGUGAGGACAACAGUCUCCUGAUGACACCUCCAUGGUCGAACUCGUGGCUGCUGUUGGCGAUCGGAGUGUCGAUGGGUCUUCACUUUGCUAUCUUGUACACUCCUUGGCUCGCCGAUAUCUUUGGAGUCGUACCCCUUAGCUUGCAGGAGUGGUUGCUUGUCGUAGCCAUCUCGGCACCCAUUAUUCUGGUGGAUGAGGUCUUGAAGUUUGUCGGUAGGAAAUGGUUCACCAGGAAAGCGGACGAUUAGAGGGAUCGUCUGAAAACGCGCACGUCCGCACUGGGAAGGAAAAGAAAAGAACAAAAAAAAAACAAGAAAAACAAAAAAGAAGUCGUCUGAGGAACAGCACGCAACAAACAUACGCCACACCCACCAACCCACCCACCCACCCACCCACACCCACAGUGAAUGCCUUCUGCCGCCCACAUUAAGUGGGAGGAAAAGAAAAUGUGUGCUAAGUUUAACCACCCAGCCAUUUUUCUGAUCUUUUUUUUUUCUUUCUUUUCGCUCCGGUUUAUCCAAUUAUUAGCCACUAUUAUGUUCACAUGGCUUGUCCUUCCAUCACGAUGUUAUCUCCAAAUCUUGAUAAGAUCUCAAUACGAAUGAUCGCUCGAUCACGGUUACAGAUUUGUAGCCCUAAAGCGAGCGAGCUGCUGCUGCUUUGCUAAGCAUCUGUAAAUUAUCACAUUCAGCAGAAAAUAUUGACAUUAGCAAAUAUUACUUGAGAUGCCCCCAGCAGCACAUCCCAGUCCUCUCAACUCCAGCCCCGGUCGGCCGCUGAUGUCCCCCGCAGCAGUCUCUAUAUGCCUUAAAAAUUAAAAUAGCAUGCGAUCCAUAGCAAUCGUCUCUUGUUCUGACAGGACGCUAUAUAAUAUAUAAUAUAUAUCUAUAGAAUGAGUACAGCAGGUAGCCACAGUGCAAGAUGGCGAAACACGACAGGGAUCACAAUGUGCCCACUGACUAUUGUUUUUGUUGACGAUUGCUCAAUGAUUACGUGGAUGGAGGCUUCUACUAUCGACCACAAACGGCAGGUUUUCCUAAAGGUAUUCUGAACCUCUUCAUAUUCCUCUACAUCUCUGAUGAGACUGACGGCAUCCGGACUUGCCAAAAAUUUUAUGUCUUGGCAUGCUUGGAAUGGAGGGAUUCUUUUCUUUUCUUUUCUUUUCUUUUCUUUUCUUUUCAGGUCUAUUAUUUAGAACACAACCUACACAAGUUGAUACAUGGCGGCCGGUGACGGAAUAAGGAAGUCCUACUUCUUCGUAGGACAUAUUUCUAUGGGACCUACACAGGUCUAUUAUUUAGAACACAACCUACACAAGUUGAACUAUAGAUUUUAUAGAUUUUAUAAAUUUAUACAUAUCUCUAUAACUUUCUAAUUAGUAGUAGCAGUUGUAACACAGUCGUUGCCGAUGGAGAGAAGGGUUGCUGAGGGUGGAAGGGUGUCCAGUUCUGAAAGUUGAGAAUUUAAUUUUGUCAAGGUGAAGUUGUGAACAGGGUGGGUGUGUGGUGGAUGGCACUGGAUGCGCAUUUCCCAAAGGAUCCUUGCGAAAGGCGCUUACUUAUUCUCGAGUCCAUAUUCCACAUUGCAAAUUUGUCCUGGUUAACAUGUGCUUAUGUUGCGUGUAAGGAUGCCCGGCCUUCAUUUCGUAACCCCUGGCAUCAUUGGCCUAUAAGUGGACGCAUUUUCUGAAUGUGCACCCUGCCUGGGCCUGCAAGCUGUUUCUCCAUGAGUCAGUUUAAAGU